AUGCAAUCUACAUUUAUUGCUAUUGUCAUCUUUGCUGCUUACGGUUUAGCCAAAGGUAACAGUUUGUACGAACUCGAACCCCAAAAUCGCGAUGUCGGAUUAGCGACUUGCGAAAAAAUCUAUGGAUUAAUGGCUUAUCCACGUGUGAUCAAAAACAUUACAGUUCUUCGAACAUCUCCACUACGCGUUCGUGUCUAUCUUCUAGCUCAAGGUCCAUCGAAAUCGAUUCCAUUCAGUGUCGAAGGUAUGGUAUGUCAAGUUGGUUUCGAUCAAAAUGCUGCUAAUGCCGCUUGUCGAUCACAAAACUUUCACAAUGCUGUGAUGGUCACUGAUAUUGCCUGGCAUGAACCACCUGCGUCAUACGGUCAACAAUGUAUCAUGGAUACCGAAUCGUACAAGAGUGUCAUUCCGUGUGAAUAUAUUUUACAUCAAUUGAGCUGUCCUGCAUCAGCCACUAAUUUAGUCGAUUGUCGUUUUCCUCCGUUAUUUAGUCAAUCUUUAAGCUGCAAUGCAUACACUCAUCAAGAGUUUUUGCGCGAAGUAACUUCUCAUCAAGAAUUUUCUCCAUCUCAAACGAUGCAUUUGCACUUCAAUCCUAGUAUUCUCGAUUACAUCCAUUUAACACCACCAAGUUGGUCUAUCACCACCAUUUCUAUGAAAUUCUGUGCUAUUCUCUUCUCCUUACUCGAUUUUGAUAAGACGAAUCACUUAGAAGAAUAUCAUAUCCACGCUUUACUCAUCUAUCUAACGAAUAUAAGUAAAAAUCAGACAUCAACUCUAUUCUACAAGCUAGAUCUUGAUCGGUCUGGUGCAAUGGAAUUGGAGGAAUUCUUUAUCUUAAUCUCUCUACUGAUCGCAAAUAAGGACAAGAAAGAAAAAGAAUUCAUGCAUGCACAUUCGAAAACGGUGUUUGAAUUGCUCGAUGAUGAUAGUUCAGGAAGUAUUACUGUUGAAGAAUUUCAACGUCUUGGUUAUCUUUUCAAUCUUGAUAAUCGAGAAAUUCGUAUUAUCUUCAAAGAUUUUGAUGUUAGUGGUGACGAUGCAUUAGAUUAUUCUGAAUUUUGUAUGUUCACAUUAGCUUGUAUUAAUAAACAAAAGCUAAUGAAGAAGAAACGUUUCAAAACCUUGCUCCAACGUCGUUUUCGGUUUCUAGCAAAGCAACGACAACCAGUUGUUGAAUAUAUCAACAAAGCAAUCAAUGAAUGUGUUCCAGGUUUACUCGUUUAUGAUGAAACUGAUAGUUUUCCCCGAGUGAAUUUUCCCAAUGAUUUAAUUCUUCCUUGUCAACAAUCGAAUAUUUACCAUGAUUCUUUACCUGCACCAAUUACUUCUAUCGUUACGGAUUCUGUAUUAGUAAAAAAUUCUGUUUAUGAUCAGGAAACCCUGUCUGAUGUAUUCGAUUCAAUCGAUAUUCCACACAAUGAUUCUCGAUCGACAAAAUCACAAUUGUUUAGUCAAAGUAAUUAUUCAUCAUCAAGUAUAUUUUGA